UAAAUCACAAUUGUUUUUUUGUUUUUUUUUGACAUUGCAAUUAGAAGAGGACAUUUUUUGUAUUUUAGUUGAUGUUGGUUAUAACACAGCUCUUACCUCCAUAUGUGUCUCAUGUCUUAUGUUUUCCAACUUAGGAGGGGUUUGGAGAAACCUUUUUUUCUUUUUCUUUUUUGAGAGGCCCAGUGUUGUGUCAAGUGAUUGGCCUGGUGGAUGUUUGUAGAUCCAGCUUGGAAGGUAUUUCCUGAUUGGUUCCCCGCGAGCCGUACGGGUCACUGUUGAAACCCUUGUACAAGUGUGGUCAUUCAGUGGCUGUGAACAGUGCUUGGUUUUCAUCUCAGUUACAUGUGGAGGCUCGGAGCCAGCUAGACCUGCAGAAAGUUGGGGUUGCUAUGGCUGUGUCUUUGUUAUGGCUUCAUCGUUUACAUGUUACUCUUCUAUUUUUCCUACUGCCGGGUGAGUUUCAAAAACAUUUCGAGUCUUAUGUCCUUCUUUGUUUAUCAAGACAAACUGAUCUGUGCUGUCGUGGUUGUAAAAUUAAUCUUUAAUCGACUUGUCUGCUUCCCUAAUACUUGUUCUUGUGCAGUGGGUGGUUGUUCUAAGGUGGAACCGAGUCCCUGUGAUUUGAGUUGUGCUGGUAAGGCUACUUAUUUAUGAAAAAUGUAUAGUAAUUGACAUAAAACAUUACAGGAAAACACACAUCGUCGUGUUCGAUCUUGUGAAUGAUCCCGUCUCCACAGGCGGUCCUACCCCUGACCAUUCCUUUCAGAAAGGGGUAAGAUAUACUUACAGGUAUAGCACAACAGUUGCCACCACCCUUCACGGCUCCAAUGCAGGCAGGAAUGGAUUGGCUGUGGACUGUGUGGUCGAUAUCGACGUGGUUUCCGAGUGCCAUCUGACAAUGCAGGUCAGACUUUACCAGCUGAAGUUAAAUGACUCGUUCUGUGCGUGUAAAGAGCUGUUAUAACGCCGUGUCACGCUCUGUAUGUCUGCACAACAGAUAAGAAAUCCACAGAUUAAGAGGCUUUCCCCGCAGAAGGAGCACUCUGUGCUGCGUUUGAAAGGACUGAGGGAGUCACUGGAGAGAACGCGCCUCAAUUUCUCCCUCCAGGGGGGAAAGGUCACGGCCCUCUGUCUCCAGGAAGGGGAGCAGGUGUGGGCCCUCAACAUUAAAAGAGCCAUACUGGGCAUGCUCCAGACCUCCCACACGUCUGCCAAGCAGGAAUUAAAAAAGGAGACGGAUCUUUACGGGACUUGCAUCAGCAAAUAUGAAAGACGAGGAGGGUCUCUGCUGCUGAAGACCAGGAAUUUAAAACAGUGCCAUGAAUCCAGGCUGGCAAAGUUCUGGCCUCAUUCAGUAGCUCUGACUGAAGAUACAUCGGUGCAGCCACACCUGCACUGUGUUCAGCGGCGCGGGCCUACAGCCAUGGAGGAAGUGAACUGCACAGAAACUGUUUCCAUGGCCAUGUGGUCCAGUAGUGCCGGGUUGGUGAAGACCAAGACGGUGUCUGUGCUGCUGUUGCUCAGAGCUCAGCCAGGAACACCUCCAGACGCAGAUCCUUUAAGUCACAGCGUGAUGACUGACCUGCAGUUUGAAGAGCAAGGGUCUGCGGAACCAGGGAAAUCCAGGCUGACAACACCACAACAAGUCAGUCAGUCUCUGAGGGUGUUGUGUAGUCUCACCUCGACACAACAACAGGCCUCGGAGGAGUUCCUUCAGCUGGCAUUUCAACUACGACACCUGACUCCGUCCCACCUCAAGACACUUUGGGAAGAAGCAUCUUUUAAGUGUCGCAACGAUUGGCAGCCUUUGUUGGAGGCAUUACCGGUGUGUGGAUCUGAAAACUGCGUCGUCCUCCUGACUGAUCUGAUGAGACGCAAGGAGAUGGAGCACGACAAGGCUCAUUCCUUUCUCACCACCGUCUCUCUGAUCCCUCAUCCAUCUGCAGGGAUCAUCGACUCCAUCAACGCUUUACUGGAGGUCCCGGAGUUGAGGUUCAAAGCCUUCUUGACCGGAUCAUCUUUAGUCUACCAGCUUUGCCAGAAGUCCCACGGCACCUGUGGUGAACUUCCUGCAGUGCAAACCUUUAUGCAGAUAUUAGAGGAUGCUCUGAAGCAAGGCUGCGAGGGAAACAAUCGUUCCUACGUGAGGGACAUGAAGAUCUCCAAAACAUUCAUCUUCUACGUACUGAAAUCCUUGGGAAACACCGGCCUGUCUGCCUCGACCUUUACCCCUCUGCUGGAGCGCUGCGUACUCGGCCCCUCGACAACCCUGGAGCUGAGAGUAGCUGCCGUCCAAGCCUUCAGACGUUUUCCCUGCUCAGCUGACAGGUCCGUGCUGUUGCAGCUGUACGGCUCUUCCCACGAGGAUCCCGAGGUCAGAAUCGCCGCAUACCAGCAGCUCAUGCUCUGCCCUGAACAGAACCUGUUUGAAGUAGUGAAGAACACACUGAAAAAGGAAACAUCCAGCCAAGUGGGCUCAUUUGUUUGGAGUCACCUGACAAAUAUCCUGCGGAGCGAGGACCCCUCGAAGCAGCACCUCAUCGAAUCCAUCCCUGAUGACAUAAUAAGCAGAGACUUUGAUGCCGAAUUUCUAAAAUACUCUUCGUUUUCAGAUCACACCACUGCAUCAGGAAUUGGAAUCACCAAUUUGGAAACAUCUUUGAUUUUCUCCCCAAAGUCAUUUAUACCAAGAUCCGCCUCUGCCAACCUCACGGUGUAUUUCCACGGUCGUGCCCACAACCUAAUAGAAGUAGAUCUUCAUGUAGAAAACGCUGAGCCACUUUUGAAGAAUAUUUUUGGCCGGCGGUCACACCCUGAUGGAGAGGCCAGUGCAAACAAUGACAACCAUGAAACACACAGGGCAAGAAGAGAAACAGAUGACGGCUCCAGAGAAGAAAAAGACAAGUGUUUAUCCAGCAGCAGCAGCAGCAGCAGCAGCAGCAGUUAUCUGCAGCAGGCCAGGGCCAGGGUAAGGUCACUUUGAUAGUUGUAAGACACUCAGCUCUUCUGGGGUCUUAUCUCAGAGCAGUAGUUAUAGCUUGGUGUGUAACAUGUAAUCCUGGUCAUGUGGUUUAUGAACAAACAAAGAGCCGUACUGUUGCACAGCAUGAGAAGAGGGUUUUACUCUGCAACCCGAGUAUACAAGCAGCAGUUAAGACUUUAGACUUUUACUCAGUACAGUUAUCUGGUCCUAAACAAGUGUGAGUACAGUUAUAGAAACACUGAGGAAGUUCCAGUACGCUGUUCAGAUUAGAUCUCAGGGCAGCUUAUCUUUGAUCCCCCUGAGUACAUUCAGGCUUUUUGCCUUUUUCACACUGAAUUAGUGUUCUAUCUGCCGGGGUUAACCUG